UGUGUGCGUACACACCACCGAUCGCCACCUCCGCCAUCAGUCGUAGUCGGUGAUAAAUGACGAAAUAAUCGACUGACGAACAGCGAGCCGACCGUACCUUGCCGGCCUGCCAACGGAGACAGCGCCGUAUCGCUUGUCGCUGCGGACGAAACGCAAAACAUUUGGUGUACGGAUCGACGACGUCGACCACCGUUACAGUAGUAUACAGUAGUAAGUUGUCCACCAGCCACCGCGCACACCGGCGAUCGUGACGCUAUCGUCGCACUGCAGUCAGUGGUCGUACGCGUUGUAACUAGUAAUUAUUGGUACUCGGUAGCACCAUAGACGGUGUUGUCUAGUAACUAGUCGGUAGUCACUAGUCGUAGUAAUAGUGGCGGCGGCGGCAGCUGUUGAGUGUUUAUGUACGUGUUGAGCGUGUGACGUCGCGUGACUGGCAACGAAAACCACGACGACGACGACGACCGCGCGAACCGGCCGGCCGGACACGGCAAAGUCGGCGCAAACCACUGUCGCUGGUGCUACGUAGCUACCAGUUGACGUCGAGUAGCGGCGGGCGUACGGUAGUUGCUCGACCACGGCGACGGACAACCCGGCCGUGACGAUGACUCUGCAGGCGAUCAAGUACGAGAACGGCACGUUGGAAGUGCUGGAUCAACUGCUGUUGCCCAAAGAGUCCAAGUACAUACCCAUUUUGGGCGUCGAGGACGGAUGGAAGGUCAUCAACAAAAUGCAGGUACGUGGUGCUCCAGCUAUUGCCAUUGUUGGUUGUUUAAGCUUGGCUGUAGAAAUAUCAAAAGAAGAGUUUGAAAAAAAAAAGGCUCUUCGACGAGAAGUUGAGGGUAAACUAAAUUAUUUAAUAUCUGCUCGGCCAACUGCUGUAAAUAUGAAACAGGCCGCAGACCAUUUAAUAUCUUAUAUAAACUCUUUGGAUAAUGAUGAAUCAAUUUCAGCACAAGAAAUGCAAGCUAGGUUUGUAGCAGCUAUAGAAGCAAUGUUAGAAAAAGAUAUAUCAGAUAAUAGAUCAAUAGGAGAAUUUGGAGCUAAAGCAAUUUUAAACAAUGUUACGGAUGGUGAACAAGUUCGUAUUUUAACGCACUGCAACACUGGUUCAUUAGCUACUGCAUAUUUUGGUACUGCAUUAGGUGUUGUGCGUUGUCUACACUCUGCUUCAAGACUAGAAAAUUGUUAUUUCACGGAAACGAGGCCUUACAAUCAAGGUGCUAGAUUAACUGCCUAUGAAUUAGUUCAUGAUAAAAUACCAUCAACCCUGGUCUGUGAUAGUACUGUUGCUUAUUUAAUGAAGACUGCUCAGAUUAAUGCUGUUGUUGUUGGUGCCGAUAGGGUAGCAGCCAAUGGAGAUACUGCUAACAAAAUUGGAACUUAUCAAAUUGCUGUAGUUGCCAAACACCACGAGGUACCAUUUUAUGUAGCUGCUCCACUAACUUCAAUUGAUUUUAAUGUAAAUACUGGUGAUAGUAUAGUAAUUGAGGAGAGGCCUCAAGUGGAAAUGACUCAUAUAAAUAAUAUUAGAAUAGCUUCUCCAGGUGUAACUUGUUGGAAUCCAGCAUUUGAUGUAACACCAGCUCGACUGAUAACUGGAAUAAUCACUGAAAAGGGUGUUUUCCGACCAUCUGAACUCUCCACACUCCAGUCUCAAUUGCAAGAUCAUAAAAAUUCACUUCCCCAACUGUAAUACAUACCUAAAUAUUAUAUCAUUGCACAAACACAUCGUACAACUUUUUUUAUAAAAAAAAAAUGUAGGCUAUUUUUAUAAUAUAUGUAUGCGAAAGCUACAUUCCUAAGCCAGCAACAUCAA